CUCGCCGCCCGCGGCUCCUCCUCGCCUCCUCGCCAUGGUGGAGCGGGGCGACGCGGCGCCGCUGCUGCGCUGGGCCGAGGGCCCCGCCGUCUCCCCGCCGCUGGCCCCGGACCCGCAGGCUGGAGGCCGGGGCUGGGGCGGCGGCGGCGGGGGCGGCCGGGUGGCCGCGGAGCCGCCGAGGAGGCGGGAGCCGGAGGAGCUGGGUCCCUCCGAGGUGCUGCUGCAGCCCGGGCGCCUAGUGCUGGGCGACGUGGAGGAGGACCAGGUGGUGGCCGUGUUCGUGGUCACCUUCGACCCCCGCUCGGGAAACAUGGUAGAAUGGUGCUUACCUCAAGAUAUUGACCUUGAAGGUGUUGAGUUCAAGUCCAUGGCCAGUGGGUCCCAUAAAGUUCAAUCUGAUUUCAUCUAUUUCCGGAAGGGGCCCUUCUUCGGCCUGGCCUGCUUCGCCAACAUGCCCGUGGAGAGCGAGCUGGAGCGCGGCGCCCGCAUGAAGUCAGUGGGCAUCCUGUCCCCAUCUUACACCCUGCUUUACCGGUACAUGCACUUCCUGGAGAAUCAAGUUCGACACCAGCUGGAGAUGCCAGGACAUUAUUCUCAUCUGGCUGCCUUCUACGAGGACAAGAAAGGGGUGCUCCACGCUGGCCCCGGGAGAGGGGGCAGCUUGCCCCCCGUCUACUGGCUGCCUUCCAUCCACCGAUACAUGUACCCUGAGAUGAAGAUCACACACCCAGCUGGCUGCAUGUCUCAGUUUAUCAAGUUCUUUGGCGAACAGAUCCUCAUCCUUUGGAAGUUUGCCCUACUUCGAAAGCGCAUUUUGAUAUUCUCUCCCCCUCCUGUGGGCGUCGUUUGCUACAGAGUGUACUGCUGCUGCUGCCUGGCCAACGUCUCUCUGCCUGGCAUCGGGGGCACCGUUCCUGAGUCCAAGCCCUUCUUCUAUGUGAACGUGGCUGACAUCGAGAGCCUGGAGGUGGAGGUGUCCUAUGUGGCCUGCACCACCGAGAAGAUUUUCGAGGAGAAGCGGGAGCUGUACGACGUCUACGUGGACAACCAGAACGUGAAGACACACCACGACCACCUGCAGCCGCUGCUGAAGAUCAACAGCGCCGACCGCGAGAAGUACCGGCGGCUCAACGAGCAGAGGCAGAUGCUGCUCUAUUCCCAGGAGGUGGAAGAGGAUUAUAACCCAUGCGAAGAGGACCUCUUCGUGCUGUUUUUCCUAGAGCAAAACAACCGGAUAUUUCAGACUUUGUUGGAGGUGUCCGCCAGUCAAGACAAAACCCUGACGGCGGAGCACGCCCGGGUCAUGGGUCUGGACCCCCAAGGAGACCGGAGCUUUCUCCUGGACCUGCUGGAGGCCUAUGGCAUCGACGUCAUGUUGGUCAUUGACAACCCCUGUUGCCCAUAGGAAGGAUGAGCGGCUGUCCUGUGGGGCGGCCAUGUGUCCUGUGUCACCCAGGCCCCAGACGGCCUUUUAUGAAGUUGACGCAAAGGAAUAUUGUUUAUCCUUCCAACAGAGGUCAUGUGUGCAUCUCCUUUCUCCCCUUCCUCCCUAGAGGGAAUAUGAGCACCUCGAUUUGUAGGUCGUUGGAAUCGACCCCUUGCAGAGCCGCCACCGUUCUUGGUCUUCGGAAUGGUCAAAGCAGCUUCUCUCCUCCUCUCCUGGGGUCAGGGUCGGGGGGUGGGGGGCGCCUGGAGGAGGUGUGGCCAAGGCUGAGUAUCACCAGGAGGCGGCCGGGCUCCGGAGGCCCUCGGGUGGACUGUUGAGAAGGCCCAUCUGGUUCCUGUCCCUUGAUGUUUCCAGCACGAGACGCCUGUCUGUCCUUUGCAGCCCUGGACGUCCAUCCGCCCCAAGCAGAAGCUGGACCAGAGGGUCCGUCAAGGUUUUUACCCGGUUCUGGGAGUCCAGUCUUGGGAUCAGAUCCCUUUUUCUGUUUUUGAGAGGAAACCUGUGUUUUCUCUGUUCACGUAGAGAGACUUCAAAGACGGACAAGGGAUGUUUCUGUCACCGAGCAUGAGUCUCUCUAAGGACAGGUGGCAGGGAGAGGUUGCUCAUCCGUCAGCCGAGAAAGCAGGUGUAGAAGGAAGCCUUGAAACCCCCUCAGAGGACGUUAACAGUGGUGGCGGCCGCUCCACGUCAUUUUCCUCGUUCUCCGAAUCCCCUGCUCUCGGGCGGGGCUGGCAGAUGCCUUCGGGCAGAUGUUAGCAAGGCCCCCUCCCAGUUGUGAGCCCUCACCAAUGAACUUCUCUCAAGAGGAAGCGGCAUUCCUUGAGCUAGGUAGUGGGGACCAGAAAUGUUACAGAUCUGUCAGCAGAUGGGACAGUGCCUUCAGCUGGGAGAGUGGUCCGACACCCCAAGUGUCAGUGAUGCGUUUAUCUGCUCCCCUCUGGCAUGCUUCGGCCGGGGGCGGCUCCACUGAUCCCUGCCUGUUCUUUGUUGGCGGUGUUUGGUAGGUGCCAGCUUCAGCGAGACGGCGGCUGUCAGAGAAGCCAGCGCCUGUGUCUAGAGGUGAGGUCUCUGGGGCCACCUGUGAUUUUGGACAUGUGACACUGGGUUGUUGGUGACACGUAAUUUCUUCCCCUUCACCCCUCCUUCCUGGCUCUGUUUUUGGAAUAGCCAACAGCAUAUCCACGUCCGGGACCAAGUUGAGCCAGGCUGAUGGACACAGUGGAGAGAAAGAACUUGCAGAUGGAUGGAUCACAUGUCUUAUCUCAAGACUCGCUUUCUAGGGCUUAUUGCUUUAUUCAGAAAUAUAUUUAUUCACUGUAGCUCCUCGAUAGGAAAUUCAAGACUAAAGAAAUUCACAUGUGGAAAUGCAAACUGGCACUGAUCAAUCAAGGUAGCCCCUUUUAUGUAAAUAUAUAAGUAAGUUUGGGCAUUGAAGUGUAAACUGUACGGUGCAUUUUCCUCCUCUGUGGGUUUAGCCAUCAUUUCAGCAAUGUGUAUGUUUACAAAAGAAAGAAGGCAUCUGUGUGGAGAAGCCGAAGCUUUACUGCCUUUUUCCUUGAAGAGCAAUGUCUCCUUUUGCCCUGGAAAAGGAGUAGCUUUUCUGACUUGGGUUAGCUAAUGGUUACUCUUAGUGGUAUCCGAAGGUUCAAGGCUUUCUGAGUUGAGGCUGAGGGGGUCAGAAGUAGGCGUGGGGGUGACUCCAAGGUCAGAGUCUCGUGGAGGACCCAGGCGGACCCUCUUUCUGUGACCUGGUGAAUUUGCUGGGAGAGGCGCUUUCUGCUCCAGAGGCCUUCGCGAGCCAGCACGUCUCCUUCUGUGCUGUGAGGCCUCCCAGCUCACCCGUGCUGAUGUAAAGACAGGAGGUGGCUGUGCUUCCCUUUCCGUGGUGGGCCCAGGGUUGCACUCCUGUUAACUCCGUGCUGUUCCAGGCAGCAGAGCGUCUGGCUUCUCCACGUGUCCCCCCACCGCUCAUGCAGAGGGCAGGGGAAGGGGCCCCGAGGGAGUGUCCGAGGUCAUGUGCCACCGACCCCAGAGACCUGCCCCCUUCCUCCCUGGAAUCCUUUGAAGAGAAAACCCAAGGAAUGUGUCCUUUCCUGCACUGCCCACCUCCUGGUGGGGCCGGGAGUCUGGUGCGGCACCACCUCUUUGGCUGGGCAGUGCCCAGUUGCCCUGUAGUUACCGUCAUCACUGUCUGUCCGCCCCCGCCAAGGUUGCUUCCGAGGUCGUCUUUUAAGCCUUCCUUCUGCAUCGCCACCCCCAGCCUCUCACGUAAGCAGCACCACCCGGCACCCCUUGCUGCCUGGUCUCGGCACGGGGAAGUCAUGUGUGGUGUACUGGGCAGGACUCCCUGCACAGUGACAGCAGGACCCGGAAGCACACGGGGCCUGCUUUUGUGUCACGGUGGAAAUAAUUUCCAAGAAACCACCUGCUUUUGAUGGGAAGCUGUUGGUGGACGUCCUUCCUGUCCUCUGUGGUGACAGGGAGGAUUAUUACAGUGACCUUUGGAUGCAGGGUUGGGGACCUUGGACGUGGGUACAUGGACAGAUGGUGGCCUCCUCCCCCCCCCCCCCCCAAGUGACCUGAGACACUGACUCAAGUCAGAAGACAGUCUAGGUGGCAGAGUCCUUGAGGGGCCUAGAAUCCAGGCCCGGGGUUUGUGGAUGUCUAGCGAAAUAGGACAAAGUUCUGGUAAAAUGGAUUUUUCACUCUUGCAGGCCUGGCAGACGGUACUGUUCAGCCUUGGGGACAAUGCCCAGUUGUCCUCUGGAUGAGGACGCUUCAGAGUGGGUCAGAAGUGGUAGGACUCGCCUUAUACCAGAAUUAGCUUUGGCUUUUGGUAAGCAUGGAGCACUCCUUAGGCCCUUCCAGUGUAAGGGUCUCACCUGGAGCCCUGUGCAGCCCGCAGGAAGUCGGGAGGGCUGUGAAUUAGCUAGAAGACAUUUGCCUUCUGUAUCUGUCAUCCAUCACGCAUUGCUGCUUCCAUUUGGCUGGGGAGGGAAGCUGAAUUCAUUGAUAUAUUGAUAGAAAUAAUUUAGGAAUUUGCAUCUAUAACUUACCUUGUUUUGUCCCACGUGAAAAAUCAAGAUGGGAAAUUUAAACAUAGGACAGGGUCCAGAUAAUUCUAAAUAUCACAUAUGAAGAUUCAUUUAUCACUAUAACGACCUAUGGUGGUGUAGCCAGCAGCUAAAGAUAAAUGAAACCAGAGCGGAAUCCCUGCUUUGCAUUCUGGUGGUUAUGAGGAUGCACUUGCUCUUUGUCUUGAUACACUGAAAACCCUUCCAACACAAGAAGAUGUGAUUAUUCACUUUAAACGGAGGCCUUUGGGGAACCUUGUCAAGGGUGGUGAUGGAUGAACCUUUUUUAAGGGCCGUACAGCCCUCCUCCACCAAGAGGCGGGGACCUGGGGACGGGUUUGGCUUGGUUUGGUUUUGAGUGGACUGGCAGAGCCCAGGGGUUGCGGGGCAUUCUCCAGCCCCAGGACAGGUAAAGGAGGAGGAGGGUGUGGCUGAAGAAAAGAAGACAAGUUCAGCUUGACAGUGAACUUGUCUGAGUGUGAUGACGGUUCUCAAACAGGCAAGGAAGGUAGGGGACCAGUGUGGCUCACACGGGCUUUCGGCCCCCCGUCAGGUGCUCAGAGUGUGUGAGAGGGCCAGUCUUCGGGUCUCGCCCCUGCGCUGCUAUUCCGCUUGGUGCCCCGGGUUGGGGAUCCUGCAGACCCGCGGGCUUACCUGAGCAGGUAAGCCGCUCCCUCUCAUAUCAGGAAAAGCCCUUCAUGAUUCAGGUGGGGGAAGAGGAGGAGCUCAGGGCUCCUCCUACUCCCAUGUCAUGGAUUUUUUUCAUAUUCCACUCCUAUUAUGAGUAUCCCUCUGUUCCCAGGAGCUCCUGGAGGGUUGGGGGUAAAAGGUUAACUGUGAAUUAAAUUAGCAUUUUUUUCUUAUAAAAAAGAUGGAAGUUUAUUUUUGUAUCAAUAUUAUUCUGUGAUGAAUCGAGUGUGGAAAUGCAGAAAUGGAAGGAAAUUUCAAAACUGCCAUCCUAGAAAAAACGGGCAGUGUUGUAAUUUGGAAGCAACUGAGAUGCCAGGAGAGGUGUGUUGUUUAAAUGUUUCAGGGCGUGAACGAGGACUGUCUUGUGCAGCCUGACAGCCUCUGCAGGAGAGAAGGCUGACAGUCCCGGGGCAGGUGACGUCCAGUCACCACCAACCUUAAGGAAGACUCUCGUGACACAAGGGGGCGAGUGUGAUCACGCUGAGAUCAGGCCUCUUAACUGGAGGGAGUUGAGUCAGAGGUAGUUUUCCAGCCGGCACUUUAACUCACAUCUGGAGGUGGAAUGCAGGGGCAGUUGAACGAAACGGCCCAUUUAGAAAGGAAAUAGAAUUUCCUAGGACUCUUUAGAGAAAUGAUGAUGGAGAGGUCAAACCCUGCUUUCAUCUGGUGAGCACUUAUUCCAGAAGCUCUGCACAGUAUGGGCUUUUAGAGGUAAUGGGAUCUCAACUCGGAACCUUUAUUUAAUUGCCAUAACAGGAAAGGUAUGAAUUACCUCUGUUUGCUGUCGAAUGCCUCUCUAGACCAAGGGUACACUGACUUUGCUAGCUAAGGACAGUUGGGGAUGCAGGGAUGUGGGGUGUAGGGUGCUAGGAACUAGCCAGAGACGAUCCACGGAACGAAAACUCCGCACACGGUCACCAGAUUAGCUGCUAACGUGUGUGACUAAAAGUGGAGUGAAAACGCCUUCCUUUGGCCAAGUCAAAGAGAAGAGUCGAAGAAAAUGUUGAAGGCAUCGACAGGAAAGGAGUUUCAGCCCAGCCCUCGAAGACCCGUAAGGAAAACUGUAGAUUCUGUGCUUUUGAACAAAUGGAGCAGGAGAUUUGAGAGGUAAGAAUAGAGAAAAACGAAACUAACUUCCUUUAUGGACCUCGAGCUAGUUGGCUAAAUUUUUUAAAAUAGAGAAAUAAACCUUUUUCUUAAAAAGAAUUGUAAGCCUUGGGAAAAGUUCUCAUUUUUUCCAAGUUAGAUCAGCAUAGCGUCCCUGUUGUCUUAGAGGUCAAACCCCUAUUUUGAUUAAUACCCCAGUGUAAGAGUUAUAGCAAUAAGAGAAAUGGAAUCUAUUUUUGUUUCAAUUCUUUACCUCAUAGUAUUCAUAAGACAGUGAAUAUACUGCGUCUGAGUGUCAUUCUCUCUAACGGUGGUCACUUUAAAGGGUCUAAGAAAGUGGGGUUAAUCCUAAAGAGGAAAUGUUUCUUGAACUGAUUUUGUUUUGUGGUACAAAUAACACCUGUGUAUAUCAUAUCUGUAUAUAUCUGAACUGAGUUGUAUGCAGAGACAUUGCUAUAACUAUAUUUACAGAAGACAGUUUUUACAAUUAAAAUGCACAUUUUAACAUGA